UGGCUGGAGGAGGACGUCUGCCGCCGCGCAUGUACGCGUGUAGUCGUGAACGUCGCGGCAUGUACGUUUCCUGGGCCACAGGAGGACCAUGUGCGUCACACUCUCAGCGAAGUGUUAUAGUGACCUGUAAUAGUCUCCUCUGACCUGACCAGCCUGGUUUGUAGUGACGUAGAGGUUUUGAUCAGUCCAUUAUUGUUUGGGUGCCGCGACCCGUGACCUGCGUGACACUGAGAUGGUGACGCAGGUCAUUGAUGGGCUGAAAGGUACAACAUGACCUGUGCGGCACUGAUGUGACCUGCAGGACAACAUGGAGGCAUCACGCCAACCCAUGGAGGUCAUCAUGACCUGUGUGGAAGGCUGACAUGAUUCGGUGGUCAGGCUGACGUUACAUUGUGGUCAGGUCAAAGUUCAAGUGACGUUUCGGUAACCUGCGGCACGAGAUCAGGUCAAGCAGUGUGGUAAGCCAGGCACUGCUGUGGAGUGGUGGUGCAGGAUAAUCGUGGCGGCGUGACAAGCUAGAAGAGAUAGUGUGGCAUCGCUGUAGCCUGCAGGUGACAGGAGUGGCACUGUGACGGCAGCCCAGCACGCUGCGGAUUAGUGUGACCUCGCAGCAUCAUAAGGAUAAAUACAUGUGACUUGUGACAGCCUAGGGAGACUAAUAAAGGUGACCACGUGACAAAGAGAAAAUAGGUGUGACGUUGUGAUGAUUUAGCCAAGUGUGGUUUUGCGGACAGCCUGUAGUGUACAAGUGUGACCGUGUGACAGUCUGCGUCAAACAAGCAUAGGUGUGGUAACGUGACAGCUUGUCCUGAGCGACUGUGGCCACAGUAGCCUACAGCAGGGAUGGGCUCUUCGGAGACCAGCGAAAGCGAGGCAUGGUCUCUCCCUCAGCAGCCUUGGUUCAACGAGACAUCGGGCACGCUGCUCAAUGACACAGCCAGGCCAGCAAUAGAGGGCACAUGGGCGGCACUAGCGGGCGUGGGCGUGGGCGGGAACCUUCUAGUGGCUGGAGCGUUCCUGAUACGCCCAUGGAACCGCACACCCCUGCAAGUGGACAGGGUGAUUGGCCUGCUGGCCCUCACCGGCCUGGCCACCACCCUCUCCUCGCUGCCCACACACCUGUACUCUGCCUCGGGUCACGGGUCGAUGUGUCAGGUCCAAGGUUUUCUGCUGAACCUGCUGUGCCUGCUGUCGCUGUGGUACACGACCCUGCUGGCGCUGGAGAGGUACGUGAAGUUCGCCUCCCCGCAUGAACACUCGCUGACCUUCUCGCUGCUCAACCUGAACGUACUAUUGUGCGGGGUGCUGGUGCUGCUGCUGAUCGAGGUGUCCGGCCCGAUCUAUGGCUGGGCGGAGUACGGCUACGUGCCAGAAUGCGGCGUGUGCGUUCUCAACCCGGGAUCGACACACAUCCUUACGUACACAGCGAUACAAACAGGGUGUUACGUGAUGUUGCCGAGUCUGGUCACGCUGGCGGCGUCAGCGGCGGUGCUACGAAGGUGCCACGCCAGCCCGACGCCCCUCACCCGCGGCUCCCAGGUGCUCAAGUCAGCAGGGGGAGUCUGCGUGUUAUGCUGCGCCAUGCUGUCUUCUGUGCUCCUAAUGCUCCCCUACCACCUUCUGCUACUCCUUCAGGCGGCUGCUCUCAACAUCCCCUUCUGGGCCAAGGUGGUGUCCUACUGGCUCAAGAUCGUCGCCCUCACAUGUGUGUACCCUCUCGUGCUACUCACUGCGAGGCCUAGAGAUGUAUGGCCGCCGCUGAUGGCCACCCUCAGGAGGCUGUCCCAAUGGCAGGAGGGUGGCGGGGGACCAUGUCGGUGGCAGCGGAGAGGGCAGGGCGCAGCCGAGCAGCAGGAUGUUCGCCUCUCCAGCCUGGACGCCCAUCCACCCUCAGACAAGAACGCCUCCUUCAAGUUGUCACGCCCGCCCUCCCCCUCCAAUGGCGACAAGGAUGCCUCCGUCACCAGGCUGUAGAGCGCCAGCAGGCCACCGCCAGUCUGCAGAAAGAAUGUGUUUAAUUAGUUUGUGAUGAAUGUCAGGCUGCAAGGUUCGCCACUCUGGUGCAGGACAUUACAGGGCGUGCUAUUGAUCAAACUGUAGGACUCAAGGGAGGAGUGCAGGAUGCGUCACCAAGCUGCACGCCAUGUCACCAAGCUGAGGCGUUGUCAGGUAUGGGCAGCACUGGGAGUAAUUUCCUGGUCCAGUGAACUAACAUGUCAUUACACACGUCUGCACUCCAUCCGCCCGCCAGCCCACUUCACCAUGCCCCCUCCUCACACUCCGCCCAAUCACUCCCCACGCCUACUCGCGCCCAGUAUUCUGCCCAACUCGUUAAAGGCGGUGAGUCAAAGGAGCAACUCAUGUGACGGUGGUGGUGGUGGUGGUGGUGGUGACGUCACAUGUUUCCAGGAUAGGAACGUGAUAUAUUGUGCAAAAAAAGAGGAAAAGAUAUACGUGUGUGUGUGUGUGUGUGUGUGUGUGUGUGUGUGUGUGUGUGUGUGUGUGUGUGUGUGAUGCUGAGAUGAUACUAUUACUACUAAUGACAAUUUAUAUAAUCACUAUUAUUGCUCUUAUUGUUAUGGAUAUGAGGAUGGCUAAAAUAAAUGUGAAACGCCAACACCAUUAUUCACCAUCACCACCACCACCACCACUAUUCACUACUUCCACACUAUCACCACCAUCACCACCCCUCUCCACCAUCACCACCACUCCCUAGAACUUAAGGUAAAGUAAAAGAAGCGGAAGGUAAAGGGAAGGAAACGACGAGGGGAAAAAAAUGGCAAGAAAAGUUUAUAAAGUUAGGAAAAGGGAAAGAAAAGACGCGGAAAA